AUGACGCGUGACAAGGUUGACGUUCAUCAUCACAUGAUUACGCCAGCGUAUCGAGCUGCACUUGAAGAAAAUGGAGGAGACCCAUCGGGCUUCCCUACACCUGAAUGGUCCCUUUUAGCAGACGAUCAAUUCUGUGAUGCCAUAGGCGUUGGGACGACAAUCUUCUCGUUGACUGCUCCCGGAACUGAUAUUGUUAAGGGGAAAAUCGCUGCCGCCAAGCUCGCACGAGAGACGAACGAGUACCUCGCGUCCCUCCGCGAUAAAGAUCCCCGUAAAUACGGCUUCUUCGCCAGUCUUCCUCCUUUGACGGAUGUGCCGGCUGUAAUUGAAGAGAUAACUUAUGCUCUGGAUGUUCUGAAAGCCGAUGGCGUGACCGUCUUUACGAGAUACGGCCUAGGGAAUGGCUACCUCGGUCAUGCAGACUUCAAGCCAAUAUGGCGGGCUUUGAACGAGAAGAAUGCCGUCGUUUUCGUUCACCCCACGCAUUCAAUCGACACUACUCUGGUCAACUCUAACCUACCACAACCAAUCAUUGAUUAUCCGCAUGAAACAACUAGGACAGCGGCGGAUAUGAUUCUCUCGGACACUCUAAGGGAAACCCCGAAUUGCAAAAUCAUUCUCUCGCACGCAGGCGGCACACUUCCAUAUCUGGCAAACCGACUGCAGGCAGUAGUAGACACUGGUCUCACUAAUAAAUCCUCAGAUGAGAUUGCAAAGGACGUGGCAUCGUUCUACUACGAUCUGGCCUUGUCGAGCUCAAUGAACACCAUUGAAGUGCUCAUGAAAGUCACCACACCGGAUCAUAUCCUUUUCGGUUCUGAUUUUCCCUAUGCGCCGGCUAAGACUAUCAAAUCUUUUGUCGAGAAGUUCAAUAGUGCUGGUCUUGAUCAGAGCUUGGAAGAUGCCAUCAGUAGGGACAACGCUUUAAGAUUGUUUCCACGCUUAGAGAAAAACUAG